UUUUGCAGAAUGGAUGAAAAUUUUCACAUACGGCCCCAUGGAAUAAAUUUUCAGGAUGCAAUCUUUCCAGACAUCCAUGAGAACAAAAGGAUGUUUUCUAGCCUCUUCCAGUUCUCCAACUGCUCUUCUGGACAUCAGCUUUUCACAUUCACCAGUGACUGGGAGGUACAAGAAGACAACAGGCUCCUUUGCUCCUCAGUCCAGAAGGCUCUUUUUGAUGAAGAAGACCAUGUAAAGAAACUGCAAGAAAAGAUGGUUAUGCUAGAGAAGCGUAACAGGCAGCUCCGAGACAGAGUCAAGAAAUUGAAGAGGUCCCUGCGACAGUCAAAAAAGAAAAGCAGGCGCAUGGAGCAGAUGAACAAAAAGCUUUAUGAAAAGCUAAAUUCCAAGGAGAACAUAACCCCCCAUUUCAACUCCCUGAAACAGGAGAAUUCUGCCAUUUUUCUGAAAGUUUAAUGCCCUAUCAGUGCAUGCAACUUCAGUAUCAGGAUUGUAUUUCUUUGUUUGUUAUUAUCCUAAGCUAGAAUGGGGCUGCUGGGCAUCCUCUCUUAAAAUGAAUCUGACUACAGACAUUGACAAGAUAUUUUUAUACUUUUUAUUCUGUGUGUGUGUAUGCAUGUGUGUGUGUGUGUGUGUG